AUGUUUUUGAGCAAAAGGACAGCGCUAAAAUGGGAAAAUCAAGAGCAGUACUGUGACCUUGACAAUCAUAAUGACUUUUUUGCAUUUUAUGCACUGUACGCAAAAGAGAAUCAUGAUACUGUGGAGCGUGAACGUUUGAUGCAGAUGAUGAAUGUGCCAGAUCGCAUAGUUCUCACUGGUGGUGAUGGAUACAAAGGUUAUGAAGCUCAACCAUUAGAGCUGAUGAAUGAUCACAUAAAUCAAGUGGGAGAAAAUGAUCUGAAAGAUCUUCCCAACAAGAUAACACUUAAGGAAAGCCCAUAUCUGGACAGAGGUGAUCCUGCUGCUGCUGAUGAACCAGUCCGGAGCGAGAAUUCUAUAGCAAUAGAGGAGAAUCCCUUGCAAGAGCUGAAACUGAUGCGUCGUCAGAUCGGACGUAUCUCAACGAGACUGUAUCAGCUGGAAGAUGAAAUUGAGCAACGUCGAUUUCGAGAUAAGGUUUGUGUUUUGGCGCUAUUAAAUGUUACCGAGCCAUGA